CAGGAUGCUGCGGAAAAGAUUAUUUCUUUUAGUAAAAAUCUCAAGAGCUAGAGGAUCAUAUCCAGCUUCUAAUGUGUUACUACACCAAGUGACGACGCUGGGUGUAAAUUUCACCAAGGAAACCUGCUAAGAAGCCAGAUUUACAAUGGAAGAAGUCUUCAAUAAAAACGACAAACAUGAAGAAAGUAUAAAAGAAAAUAUUAAAAAGGACGAAAAGCUUGACCUUCGGGGACCUAUCAUAACAACGACGAAAAAUGCUUUAAUAACGACUCCACCAAAUUUUUGUGAAUCCCUUCAUCCUCAUCGAGUUAAAGUGUCAAUUGUUGGGAUUGGAAAUGUUGGAAUAGCUUGUGCAAUAGCCAUACUGAUGAAAAGAAUGGCCAGCGAAGUCUGUCUGAUCGACAAGAAUGCCGUGCGAGCAGAAGCCGAAGCUGAAGACAUCCGGCAUGCUGGCAUUUUCCUGGGCAAUCCAUUGAUCAUUGGUACAUCGGACAUAACUAUGGUAAAGGAAUCAGCAGUGGUGAUCAUUGCAAUUGGUGAACCAGCACCUGGAGAACGACCCAAUAUCAAGCACAAUUUAGAAAUAUUCCGUAUAAUCAUACCAAAAAUCGCAAAAUUUGCUUGCCGAUCUGUUCUUUUGGUAGCUACAAGACCUAUUGAAGUUAUGUCUUAUGUUACUUGGCGGCUAUCCAAGUUUCCAUCGCCACGUGUUCUUGGACCUGGUACUCUUGUUGACACGGUGAGAUAUCAAUACCAUCUCAGCAAGAAACUUGGACUUGCCAAUACGUCAAUUUAUUGCAUGAGUAUUGGAGCGCAAGAUGCAUCAGUUCCAGUAUGGCAAAGUGUCCAUGUAGCAGGAAUAAAACUACAUGAGAUAAACCCAAAAAUGGGUGAAUCAGAUGAUCUUGAAAAGUGGCACGAGGUGACGAGUGCAGUGAACGAGAUGGAAACAAAGUUAACGAGUGAAAAGGGUGAGAAAGGACCAAGUUGUUGGUGCUUAGCUCUUUGUACAGUUGAGAUUGUCGACGCUAUUCUAAGGAACACGAAGGUCGUACUCCCAGUUGCGACGUACAUCCAAAGCUGCAGCCAUGGGACCGACAAGGACGUCUACAUGUCUUUACCUUGCGUUCUGGGAAGUGGAGGCGUGCAUCACAUAGUGAGACACAAACUUACAGAACACGAGAAGUCAGCGUUUCAGGCAUGCGCUGAUGGAAUUCAAAACGUUCUGCGUGAGUGCGGGAUUCUUCAGGAACCACACGAUGACGAUGAUCGAGUACUAUAA